AUGAAUUUUUUCGAACAUAGUGGCGAUUGGAAAAACGGAGAAAAAAUUAAAAACAAUUCACAAGGGUCUUACACAUCUAGUGGAUAUUUUCCAGAAAAGGAUUUUAGAAAUUUUAAAACUAAAUCAACUGUUUUAACUGAUCAUAUAUCCCAAGAUUCUACUAGAAGUACUGAUUCACAUGAAUUUGAGACUAUAUCUCUUGAGACUCAAAAUGAUGAUUCAGAAGCUCUAAAUUACAUAAAUGAGAUUUUAGGCCUUUUAUCUAAAAUUCCUGAAAGGUCAAAUGGUAAAAUAAAUCCAAGUAAAAACUUAAAUAAACUUGAAGAAUCUGUAAAAUUCAGUACCUUAAGGGAAUGUUGUAGGAUUAAAAAUGAAAAUAGUUUAGAUAGACUUCUAAAACUUAGGCUUAAUCAAAUAAGUAAAUUAAAGGAACGGUGUGUUAAAUCUGAUUCAGGGUCAAAAUCUAAAACCGAUACUCAGAAGAGCUCAAAGGCAAAAAGUUUAAAUGGAAGAGGUUACCUUGGGAAGCCAGUUAUAAAUCUUUCAGAAUCUAGGAGUGAUUUCUCCCUUUUAACACUGUGUUUAAAGUCUCUUAGAUGGAAAAGUAAUAAUUAUAAUAUUGGGGACAUUUACUGGCUUGGUUACUCAGUCACUUCUCAACAACUUCAUGAACUCAUUUCCAACAAUAAACGUGUAACUUAUUCUAAAAUCGCCGUUAACAGGUUUCCGGGAAUUCAAGAAAUUACUAAAAAAAGCAAUUUCUACGAUUUAUUAGAAGUUUACUCAAGACACAAACUACUUAAUACUACUAUUGAUAAUUCCAAUAGUGGUAAUGAUACUAAUAACUCACAUGAUAGUAAUGUAAGAUAUUGGCCGAGGAGUUAUAGGUUACCGGAUGAUUUUAAAAAAGUACUAAAGUUAGUUGAAAAUAAUGUUCCAUUGAUAUUUAAACCUUCAAAUGGUUCAAUGGGCCAGGGUGUUAGGGUCGUAACUGUUCCCGAGGACAUUAGUGAGGAGAUGUUGGUGGACUAUACUGCUCAGGAAUAUGUUUCAAUACCACUUUUAAUAAGGGGUAAAAAAUUUGACAUUCGUCUAUACCUAUUACUGAUUGGGUCUGGAAAAUGUGAUAAAGUUAGUACUAGUUACCCAGGAAUUAAAGGUUUUAUAUUCAAGAAUUCUUUGGUUAGAUUUUGCACUGAAAACUAUGAAUAUCCCUCAAUAAUUAAUAGUAAUAACAAUUUCAUUCACUUAACUAACUACAAUAUAAACAAAGCAAAUGUUGCAAAGUAUCAUAGAGGAGAUCCAGAGGAUGAAAAUAACAGUAAAAGACCACUAAAAUCAGUUCUAAAAAGUCUUGAGUUGGAAGGAUAUAAUGAACAAAAUAUCUGGUCACAAAUUAUGAACAUCGGAUCCAUCACCAUACAAACCAUUUACCCAGAUAUGUAUCUCAACACACAAAUGACCACACAUAUGAAUACACCAGGAAAUGGUCAAGUAAAUUUUAAAAUGAAUGAUAAAAUUGAUAACUUUCAAAUAUUUGGGUUAGAUGUAAUGAUUGAUGUUUAUGGGCGUGUUUGGCUAUUGGAAGUUAACUGUUGUCCUAGUUUGAAAACGAGCUAUUUUGAUGGAAAAGGGUUUAAAGAUGAUGAAGUAGACUUGAUGAUAAAAGUGCCUCUAAUCACAGAAGCACUUAAAAUUGUCAAUAUAACCUUAAAUGGUGAUUCAGAAUAUGAUAAAAAUAGUUAUAAGUUUGAAGACUGGGAUGAAAUCAAUACCAAUUUAUUUAAACCUGAAUUAGCAUUAAUAAUAAAAUUGUUUAAAAGAGCAAAAGGUGGAAAUUUGGCAAAAAAGUGUAUAACUAAAAGGGAUUGGAGGAAAUUUUGCAAAUUUACAGGAAUCACAAAUAUUAUCACAGUAUUCACCGUCAAAACUCAGGAUAAUAAUAACAACAUUAAUGAUACUGAUAAUACAGAUGAAGUUAAAAGUAAAUUGGAAAGUAAAAAAAUGAUAAACAAGCUGUUUGCUGAGGUGGCAAAGGGUACUGAGGGUGUGUGUUUCACCGAUUUUAUAAUUCUUUUGGGAAGGUGUUGUAAGAUUAUUGAAGAUUGGAUAAAAAUAAGUGAUGGAGAUACGAUUUCAACUAUUUGCGAAAAGAAUAAUUUUUUAAUACCUCUUGACAUUUUUAGAUGGAGUGUUUCCAAACCUCACAACUCAACAAAUAAUUCAGAAACUUAUGUUUCAUCUGAGUUUUUACACUUUUUAAAUGCUUGUCUCUGCUUAAGCAAUAAUAAUUUGGUAUAA